AUGUCGACCUCAGGCCCGCUGAACAACAAAGAAAAGGACUACUUCAGAAACAUACAAAGAAUGGCUACGCCUAAAGUCCAGACGACCGUUCCAGACGCAUACCAGCAAGCUCUCGUCAGAAACAGCGAAUGGGCCUCUAAAACCGUCGAGGAGCAACCUCUUCUCUUCCCUAAACUCGCGUCCGGCCAACAUCCAGAGAUCCUGUGGAUUGGAUGUGCCGACUCCCGUUGUCCGGAGACGACCGUCCUCGGUCUCCAGCCCGGUGACGUGUUCGUCCACCGCAACAUCGCCAACGUUAUCCAGUACAACGACCUCAGCUGUGCCAGCGUUCUCGAGUUCGCCGUCAUCUACCUCAAGGUUAAGCACAUCAUCCUCUGCGGCCACACCUCCUGCGGUGGUGUCGCUGCCGCGCUCUCGAACAAGAAACUCGGUCUGCUGGACACCUGGCUCAUGCCUCUGCGCAGACUGCGUGAGCAGAACCUGGACCUCUUCAAGAACCUAGAUGCCAAAGAGGCCGCCGUGAAACUGGCGGAGAUCAAUGUGCACAACGGGCUGCGUGUCCUGAAAGAGAACAGCGCUGUGCUGGACGCUAUUCAGGAGCGCGGGCUGAAGCUUCAUGGUCUCAUAUAUGAUGUCGGAAGCGGAAAGUUGCGCGAGCUUGACACCGAGGAGCCGAUGGAGGUGAUCGCCAGACGGUUAACGGCAUUUAGAACUGUCGCUGGUGAGAUGAAAUGA